AAAAUCAAACAGCCUCACUUCCACGCUCACUUCGUUUAUGAUUUGAGCAGAAGAGCGGUCAAAGAAGCAGGAAAUCACGCCGAAGGGUUUUUCUUUUGCAGGUUUUUUUUUCAGGAUAACUGAAGAUGCAAUUAACGCUUGAAUUCGGUGGAGGACUUGAACUUCUUUGUGAUUCAGUGAAAAUCCAUAGCAUCAACGUCGACUUACCAGCUGAAGAAAAGAAGUUAACUAUGAAGCACUUGCUUGCUUGGGUUCGAUCCAAUUUAAUCAAGGAGAGGCCUGAAAUGUUUAUGAAGGGAGACACUGUGCGACCUGGGGUUCUUGUUCUCGUGAAUGAUUGCGACUGGGAAUUGAGUGGUCAGCUUGAUACAACCUUGGAAGAUAAAGACGUGAUCGUUUUCAUAUCAACUUUGCAUGGGGGAUAGUUGCUAUUUUCCCGAUACAAUGAAUGUUAUAAGUUUGGUAUAUUUCACUUGUCAAACAGAGCCUUGCGAUUAAUGCGUUCCCGUUUGCUAGUUACCGAUAAAUCAUUGACAUUGAAUUCUCUAUGGCAUGCUAACAUCGCCGUUCUUUAGCAUGUUAAAUAUGUGAUUUUGAAUAGGGCCUCCAAAAUUUUGAGGCACAUGUUCACGUUGUUUAGGGUCUUUCAUCAAUGAAUGUAAAAUUAUAGCCCAACUCAGGGCCGCUCUAA